GAAGUCCGCCCUACUCCCCCUCCCCCCUCUAAACUUGAGGGAUGUGGAGUUUAUUGUCUAUCGAUUUUUCGACUCGACUCACGAAAAUACUAUUACGCAACUUUCCCGUGGCGAUGUUUGGAUCACUUUUGUAGAGAACACAGCACGAGCGAGACGAAAGUGCGGUGGAAAAUUCUUUUUUGUACCUUGUGUGUGUGUUGAGACAAAUAAGAAAGGAAAUUGUUAAAGAGUGACAGUGUAGCUUUUGCUAAAACCGAAACUUUUCCACCUUCGCAAUGAGAGUAUUUUUUGUGUAUUUUCUCGUGCUGACCGUAAUUGUGAAGCACUCAUCCCCAGCGACAAUAUGGAAGGAUGUAAAUACAGUCACCCCAAAGCCAGGGGAUGAUGUGAAUGAGGAAGUAUUGGAGCUGGCACACCUGAAGAGUCUCACGAUGCAUGGGGAUGAUGCAAAGGAUUUACCGAGUCUAGAACAGCAACUGAAUGCCUUGGAGGAUGUGAAGAAACCCCCUCACAGAGGACAACCCGAGGAGGCAACUGGAUCCAACGAUGUACCCAACGACACAAACACCGAGGAAGAUGAAGAUAAAGGCCUAGAGUAUGAGAGUGAUCUGAAACCCCUGUUGAAGAAUAAUCAUGGAAAAUAUUCAGCCUUCGAUAUGGCUCAAUAUGUUUUCUGGACUGGUGAUGAAGCUGGUGUGGCGCGUGCCAUUGAGGAGUUAAUUCAUGAGAACUACAUCAGUCGCGAAAAGGCCAUAAAGUUGCUGAGUGAUAUUAAAAUGGAAAUUGAAUAUCUGCAAAAGGCCUAUGGGUCCCGUGGGUUGACUAGAGCCCCACCAACAGUACCCACUACCACCCCAAUGUCCACCUCAGCCCUACCCCCAGACAAUGAGUCCAAAUCCGAAUUUCUCAGUCGACUUCGCGGUAUGGCCACGAGUGGGCAGUACGGAAAUAUUCUCGAAAGUAAUGCCGUGGAUUACGAUGAGGCAGCUGGGCGGCUUCGCUUAGCAGACUUCCUGUAUGCUGAAUACUCCCUCGAGGAGAUAAUCUACCAAUUGGCAAAAGUAAUGUUCUCCCAAUCGCUAACAAAGGGCUCCGAGCAUGCCCACAUUGCACUCCAGCGACUCACGGAAUUCCUCGAAUCUGAAGGCAAUUACGGACGCAUCUCGCCGAGUUUGCAGAAAAAAGUACUCGAUGUCCUUCUUGCUGCUCUCUCAGACACCCUAGCCGAUGUCCAAAAUUCCCAGCAGCAACAGCAGCAGCAGCUUCCCAUUCACAAGGAACAGCAACACAAUUAGAGGAACUUCAGCGUA